GGAAGAAGCUACUGCCGUUUUUCUCCUGUUCUUCCUCCUGACCCGUUCACUCCCGAUCCCCUUUCUCCCCCGUCUCUUCAGCUAGGCGGCGGCGGCGGCGACGACGACCUCAUCGGAGCUCCUUCCCCGUCCCGGCACCCCAUCGUCCCGCCUGCAGGAAAUAUACUAGGCAAGCAAGAUGAUGAACUAGUAGAAGCUUGCUUGGAUGUGAAUAUUUUGCACACCUUGUGAUCUCUGCUUGAGAUGGCGGUUGGAGUGACAUCCCAGCUGUUCCAAGGAGUGACUGCUACCAACAGAUUGAACCAAACCAACAAAUCUGGAAUACGAAGUCGAAUUGCUAGCCAGGAGAUGCGACAUUCUCUGCUGCCAUCCACUUCCUUGCCUUCAGUUGCUUAUGGGCAAGCUUCUUCAGUUCAUAAAUUAUUGGAGAGGAACUACAUGCCCAUGUUUUAUGUGCCUUAUAGAUAUAGGGCCUUGAGUGUGAGAUCUUUUGCCUUGCCAGUUGCUUUGAAGGAAAUUCCUCUUGUCAAGAGCACAUCAUCACUAUUGACUAGGUCAUGUGAUACUUUACUUGCAAAUCCUGCUACUGCAUUUGUGGUACCUGCAAUUGGAAUAUGUGUCUUUGCUCUAUGGGGUUUUUUGCCUCUAAUGAAGGACAUUAGAAAUCGUUUUGAUCAUGGAGGCAACUGGAAAAAGAGCCCCACUUACCUAAUUUCAAGUUCCUACCUUCAACCUUUACUCCUUUGGACAGGAGCAACACUUAUCUGCAGGGGUUUGGAUCCAGUUAUGUUGCCUUCAGCAGCAAGCCAAGCUGUUAAAACACGCCUAUUGACUUUUGUGAGAUCAUUGUCUACUGUCCUGGUUACUGCAUAUAUUCUGACAAGCUUGAUCCAGCAGGUACAGAAGUUCCUUGUGGACAUACGUAGCCCCAAUGAUACAAGAACUAUGGGGUUGGAUUUUACCAUGAGAGCUGUUUAUACUGGUAUUUGGAUUGCUGCUGUUUCUCUCUUUAUGGAGUUGCUGGGUUUCAAUACCCAGAAGUGGAUAACUGCUGGAGGUUUUGGGACAGUAUUGCUGACGCUUGCUGGUCGUGAGAUUUUUACUAACUUCCUCUCAAGUGUCAUGCUCAAUGCUACACGCCCAUUUGUAGUGAAUGAAUGGAUCAAUGCAAAGAUAGAUGGUGUUGAGGUAUCUGGUAUAGUUGAGCAUGUUGGCCUCUGGUCACCAACAAUCAUUAGAGGUGAUGACAGAGAAGCUAUAUACAUUCCUAAUCAUAAGUUCACAAUGUCUAUAUUGAGGAAUAACACUCGUAGGAGCCACUGGCGUAUUAAGACCUAUCUUGCUAUAAGCCACAUGGAUGCAGGAAAAAUUGGUACAAUUGUUGCCGACAUGAGGAAAGUGCUGGCUAAGAAUCAUCAAAUAGAACAACAGAAGUUACACAGGAGAGUAUUUUUUGAAAAAAUUGAUCCAAAAACUCAAGCUCUUAUGAUUUACAUAUCUUGCUUUGUGAAGACAUCCCAUUUUGAAGAGUAUCUUAAUGUCCAGGAAACUGUUAUGUUGGAUCUUCUUACAAUAGUUGGCCAUCACAGGGCAAGGCUGGCUACACAAAUUCGAACCGUUCAGAAAUCAUAUGGCAAUGCAGACAUUGAUAACAUUCCUUUUGGAGAGGAUAUUUAUAGUCGCGUACGUGGCCGGCCCCUCCUGAUCGAUACUUCUGCAAGGAUCAGUAGUGAUGACAAGUCUAAACCUCGACCAGUAUCACGAGAGGAUCAGAAAGUCAAAACAAGUGUAUCAGUAGAGACCAAGUCAGCUUCACCUGAUGGUGCUAGUGUGAGCAAUUCUGACAAGCAAGAACAGAAAAAAUUGGUACCAGAAGAUGGUCAUACAAAGAAUAGCAAGAAUGAUCAGGUAAAAUCAACAAUACCAUCUCCAUCAACACCGUGGGCAGAAAAUAUGGAUCCUGUCACGUCAACUUCGAAGGCUGAUAGAGGGAAGGCUCAAGGAUCAGAGUCUCAAGGAGAUAGUUCAGUUUCUGUGGCUAAUCAAAAGAAGGAAUCUCGACCUGUCUUCGAAGAUAAUAUUGUUCUUGGUGUAGCUCUUGAGGGCUCCAAGAGGACACUACCCAUUGAUGAAGGAAUGAACCCUCAUCUAUCAUUAUCUGAACCUGAGCAAGACACAGUUGAGGCUGCUUCAUCCCCUAAGAAAGGUCAAAGCCACACACUUUCAGGUCAAGAGAAGGCUGACCAGAGGAAUCUUGACAGGUGAUUUAAGUGUUUACGAAUGAUUUGUCACCAAGCCGACUUUUUUGUGUGCUUGUGCAAAUGCCAUCUGUCAUGAAGCUCUCAUUUUAUGUUUUAAGGCGUGAAUUGUUGCUGAUAGUUCUGUUCGGCGAACGAACUAAUAGAAAUGUACCUUAGAUAUUACUAUCAGGCAUGUGAAGUCUGAUGUAAAUAUUCUGAAUCUGAUGUACAUGUUAUGCUUGCACAUAUGAUGCAUCUGAUCAUCAGAUUCUGAUGUAACGAAAUAGAUAAAGCUGGCUUGCGUUGAUCCUUGCUGGAAA